AUGACGGCCAAGACCAACGACGUCCUCGCCGGAGUGGCUGGAGGCAACACCAAGACUCUUCUGAAAGUCAUCAUUCUUCUCUUGAUCGCUGGCGCAGCCAUCUCCAGUCGUCUCUUUUCCGUGAUUCGGUUCGAAAGUAUCAUCCACGAAUUCGAUCCGUGGUUUAACUUUCGUGCGACGAAAUACCUCGUCGCCAAUGGUGUCUACAAGUUUUGGGAUUGGUUUGAUGAUCGAACAUGGCAUCCUCUUGGUCGGGUUACCGGAGGCACGCUUUACCCUGGCCUGAUGGUGACGAGCGGCGUCAUCUACCAUGCUCUUCGUGCCCUCACAAUUCCCGUCGAUAUUCGAAACAUCUGUGUUCUUCUCGCCCCUGCCUUCUCAGGCCUGACAGCUUACGCAGCAUAUCUCCUUACCAACGAGAUGACCACCUCGUCGUCCGCUGGUCUCCUUGCAGCCAUCUUCAUGGGCAUUGCUCCUGGCUACAUCUCUCGAUCCGUCGCUGGCAGCUACGAUAACGAAGCCAUCGCCAUCUUCCUUCUUGUUAUCACCUUCUUCUUCUGGAUCAAGGCACUGAAGCUGGGCUCAAUGCUAUGGGGCGCUCUUUGCGCUCUUUCCUACGGCUACAUGGUUGCGUCGUGGGGUGGGUAUGCUUUCAUAACUUGCCUGCUACCCGUCCAUGCUUUAGUUCUUCUCUGCAUGGGUAGAUAUAGCGAUCGCCUUUACGUCAGUUACACGACUUGGUAUGCCCUCGGCACAAUGGCUAGCAUGCAAAUUCCCUUCGUCGGCUUUCUCUGUGUUAAGACCAACGAGCACAUGCCGGCGCUAGGUGUCUUUGGCCUCCUCCAAGUGACAGCUUUUAUUGUCUUUGUCAAGUCUGUCAUCACCGGCCGACAAAUUGGCGUCAUGGUCGUUACUACUGGUAUUGCGACUGUCGUCCUUGGCCUUGGUGGCCUGAUCUUGCUGACCUCUCUGGGGUACAUUGCUCCUUGGGGUGGCCGAUUCUAUUCGUUGUUCGAUACUGGAUAUGCCAAACUCCAUAUCCCUAUCAUCGCAUCUGUCUCAGAACAUCAGCCUACCGCUUGGCCUUCGUUCUUCUUUGAUCUCAACUUUCUCAUCUGGUUCUUCCCAGCCGGUGUGUACAUGUGCUUCCAAACACUCGCCGAUGAGCACGUCUUCAUUGUAGUCUAUGGUCUAUUUGCAAGCUACUUUGCUGGUGUCAUGGUUCGUCUCAUGCUUACACUGACUCCCGUCGUUUGUGUUGCCGCUGCUAUGGGAGUCUCUCAACUUCUCGACACAUAUCUGCUUAUCAAGCAGCCUGAUCCCGCCAAUGCGAUUCAGGUCGAGGGCACUGAGGGCUCUAAGAAGAACAGGGGUGCUCUUCGCGCCACCACGAAGCCCAACGUUGGCAUCUACAGCAUGAUGUCCAAGUUCGUGGUCGUUGCCGGUAUGGUUGUCUACCUGCUUAUGUUUGUCUCACACUGCACUUGGGUCACCUCCAAUGCCUACUCAUCCCCCUCCGUCGUGAUGGCAAGCCGAAUGCCCGACGGUAGCCAGCAUAUCAUUGAUGACUACCGAGAGGCGUAUCAGUGGCUCCGCCAGAACACCAAGCAGGAUGCCAAGAUCAUGUCCUGGUGGGACUACGGCUACCAGAUCGGUGGCAUGGCUGACCGACCCACGCUUGUUGACAACAACACAUGGAACAACACGCAUAUCGCCACUGUCGGCAAAGCCAUGAGCUCUCGCGAGGAAGUCAGCUAUCCAAUCAUGCGCCAGCAUGAGGUUGACUACGUCCUUGUUGUCUUUGGCGGCCUACUUGGCUACUCUGGAGAUGACAUCAACAAGUUCCUCUGGAUGGUGCGCAUUGCUGAAGGCAUUUGGCCCGAUGAGGUCAAGGAGCGCAAUUUCUUCACCGACAAUGGACAAUACAGGGUCGACGGCGGCGCUACCGAGACCAUGAAGAACAGCUUGAUGUACAAGAUGUCUUACAACAACUUCGGAUCCCUUUUCCCCGACGGACAUGGCCAUGAUAGAGUCCGAGGUGUCAAGAUCCCCCCCCAGAGCUACACUAUCGACACUAUGGACGAGGCUUUCACCAGUGAGAACUGGAUUAUUCGCAUCUAUAAGGUCAAGGAUCUUGACAACCUUGACCGUGACCAUGUAGCUGCCGGUGCCUUUAACCGGGGGCUGAAGAAGAAGGUCCACAAGAAGCGAGGUGCUCGUGUACUCCGCGUGGAUUAG